AAAAAGGAUUAUUUUGUGGAGCUUAAUACAAACUUUACGUAACACCUCGUGUUUAGUUUUGGGUUGGGACCUGAGUUUGUCGUGCCCCUAUCUGUUUGUCUUUGCAACAAUAAACUCCAAUCUAGUUAGCGAUUACAAACGUUUCUUAUUCAAGUUCGUUUAACUUAGUUAUAUCGUGGACUUUGCACAAAUGGUCGCCGACGGUGAAUAUUCCGAUGUACACUUUCUACAAUCUAAUAUUUCACUUUAUGAGGAUUCUUCUCUGAUAGACACUGGAACCUUAAAAAUAUCUGAGGAAUGUUUUACAUGGGAAGGUACAUCAAAACAAUUCUUUAUUCCUUAUUCACAAAUAACCUUACAUGCUAUUGCCAGGAAUACGGUAGACCAGACUGGAGAUCAUCCUAAUAAUUUGUUUCCUCACCCACAUUUAUUAGUAAUGAUCGACGGAGAUCGUGUGUGGGAUUCAAAUAAUACUGAUGAUUUAUCUGAUAAGAAGUCACAAAACGAGCAAGAUGGCAUGCAAAUUGAUGGUGGAGGCUCAGAUGAAGAAUCUGAUAGUGACCGCGCUCCAGACUGCCCUGGUUGUACGUCCGUCCUCCGCUUGGUUCCACAAGACUUUGCACAGCUCGAAGACAUGUAUAAAGCACUAGCCGACUGUCAGGCAUUAAAUCCGGAUCCUGAAGAUGAUAAUUCAGACUUCGAGGGUUUCGCAGAAGAUGAUGAAUAUGAAAUUAAUGAUCAAGGCAUGGAAUUCGAAAACCAUACGAAUAAUAAUGGAAGAUUCGGUGAACCGGACCAGUUCGCAGAUGCCUAGCACAUUUUUGUAAAAUAAUUGAUGUAUUUUGUAAUUAACCAUUUAAAACGAAUAUAUUUCCUAUUUUAUUGAA